AAGGCUCCGCGAAGCCAGGGCCCGCUGCCCUGAGUCCACCCCGCCAACAGGUGUUCAAAGAGAAUCGGAGAGCGAAAGAAGCAGACGAGGGAGUCAGGGAUUAUCUUUUUUUUAAAAAAGUGGUUAGCAAAGUUGUGCACCGGAGCCUGGUCUUCGCGGUCAAUACCAUGGACAGCGCCCGCAAACAGACUCCGGGUCUCUUGGACGCAGCUUGCUUCUGGCAGGUCUGGCAGCACUUUGACCCCGAAGAAAAGGGUUACAUAGAAGAGAAGGAGCUUGAUGCUUUCUUUCACCACAUGUUUAUGAAAUUGGGUACUGAUGAUUUAGUCAUGGAAGAAAAUGUGCAGAAGGUGAAACAGCAAUUUAUGACUACUCAACAUGGGUCUAAAGAUGGUCACAUACGGAUGAAAGAGCUUGCUGGUAUGUUCUUGUCUGAGGAUGAAAACUUUCUUCUGCUCUUUCGCCGGGAAACCCCCUUGGACAGCAGCGUGGAGUUUAUGCAAAUUUGGCGUAAAUAUGAUGCUGACAGCAGUGGCUUUAUAUCAGCUGCUGAACUUUGUAACUUCCUCCGAGACCUUUUCUUCCACCAUAAAAAAGCCAUUCCGGAGGCCAAACUGGAAGAAUACACUGGCACCAUGAUGAAGAUCUUUGACAAAAAUAAAGAUGGUCGGUUGGAUCUUAAUGACUUGGCAAGGAUUCUGGCUCUUCAGGAAAACUUUCUCCUCCAAUUUAAAAUGGAUGCUUGUUCUACUGAAGAAAGGAAGAGGGACUUUGAGAAGAUCUUUGCCCACUAUGAUGUUAGUAAAACAGGAGCCUUAGAAGGCCCAGAAGUAGAUGGCUUUGUCAAAGACAUGAUGGAGCUUGUCCAGCCCAGCAUCAGCGGGGUGGACCUUGAUAAGUUCCGGGAGAUUCUCUUGCGUCACUGCGAUGUGAACAAGGAUGGAAAAAUUCAGAAGUCUGAACUGGCUUUGUGUCUUGGUCUGAAAAUCAACCCAUAACUUCCAGAUUGCUUUGCCCAUUUCUCUAACCAUGUUUCUGUGCUCUUGCUGCUAGGAUUGUGUCUGUGCAUUGCUGCUUGGUACACACUGGGCAAACUUUCUCACAAUUGGGAUGGUAUGUUGGGCAAGGGGAGGGAAGCUAGGGCCUCUCUUCCUACCAGACUGGUAUGUCCCUGCCUCAGUGAAAGCAUUCCCCAUACACUGUCUGUGUUGUUUUCCCCAUGACCCUGAACAUUCCUGUCCCCCUGAAGACUCAGCUCCCUGUUACAUCUGCUCUGCUUUUCUUUCCUAGUCACCAGGGAACAGUAGCUACUGAGUGCAUCCAUCUUGUGCUUUUUUGUGGGCUUUCUGCUAAAUCUGAAUAGUGUAUGGCAUUCAUAGCAAUUCUGUACUUUCUAUGACUAGAUUUUUGUGUGGAAAUAAAACUGCAGUUGCAAACAAA